CUUAGCAACGCAGAGAGAUCGAUCUCGUCAGAUCAUCGAUGGCGGCUAGCAGCAAGGCCACCGCCUUCCUGGCCCUGGCGGCGUUUGUGGUGGUGCUGAUGGCGGCGGGGGAAGCGUCGGCGGCGGUGACGUGCGGCCAGGUGGGAUCGUCGCUCGCGCCGUGCAUCCCGUACGCGACGGGGAAGUCGGCCACGCUCUCGCAGGGGUGCUGCAGCGGCAUGAAGAGCCUCAACGCGAUGGCGCGCACGAGCGCCGAUCGCCAGGCGGUGUGCCGCUGCCUCAAGAGCCUCGCCGGCAGCGUCAAGUCCGUCGACCUCGGCGUCGUCGCCGGCGCGCCCGCCAAGUGCGGCGUCAGCGUGCCCUUCCCCAUCAGCAUGUCCACCGACUGCAACAAGGUUAACUAAAUGGAUCGAUCGAUCUAUCAAGGGUUUCCUACGUGUGCAAGAUUCUGAAUCACUAAGAUGAAAUAAAACUUGCGUGUGUUCAUGUGUUGCACGUACGCAGUAUGUACGUCUGAUGUGGGUGUCGUCGUGUGUCUACGCCAGUGUGAACCGCUACUCCUAUUGAUGUGUAGUCCUAUACUCGUACUUCAGUGUUCUAUCCGACCUACUCCUACUUGAUGGGUCAAUUAAUAUAUAUACUACAAGGCAGUAAUUUGCUUA